GGGCAUGGACGCGGCCAAGAUGGACGAGAAUGAAUGGACGUACCACGGGGAGGGCAACAAGAGCCUGGUCGUAGCGCACGCGCAGCACCCCUGAAGCAGAGAGCGGUCCUUACGGGAAAGAAGAAAGAGAAGGAGAUAGCAGUCCAAGAAGACUAAACGCCCCUUGAAAAAUCUCCAUGGCCGUGCUGUCAUUGGCCAGGGCACUCCGGGCACUUCAUUCACUUCCUGGCAUAGUGAGCUGUUGGUUUCCUUCUCCUAAGGCCUUGGGCAGUAUUCCAGUGGUUGGCCUCCAAGUGAGCCUCCUUCAUCCAAGCAUCGUUUAUUAGGAGCCCGCCAUAGACCCGGCCUUGUGCUGGGCCCUGAGGAUGAAAGCUGAAGGCCCAGCAAGCCCUGUCCUCAGAGAGGGGCGUUGUGUGGUACUACGUUUUUUGAAGUUUCCACCCAAUAGGAAUAAGACGUCUGAGGAAAUAUUCCGCCAUCUGCAGAGCAUAGUGGACUUUGGCAAAAAUGUUAUGACAGAGUUUUUUGGGGAGAAUUACGUGCAUCAUGGGGAGGUCGUUCAGCUCCCUCUGGACUUCGUGAAGCAGCUCUGUUUAAAGAUCCAGGCAGAGAGACCAGAAUGUCGCUGUGAUAAAGACUUGGACACUCUCAGUGGUUAUGCAAUGUGCCUUCCAAACCUUACCAGACUGCACACCAGCCAUUUCGUGGAACACCGGCCUAUUCUGUGUGUAGAGAUUAAGCCAAAAUGUGGAUUCAUUCCCUUCUCCAGGCAUGUGACCCAGGAGAUGAAGCACAAGGUGUGUCGAUACUGCAUGCAUCAGCACCUGAAGGUUGCAACUGGCAAAUGGAAACAGAUCAGUAAAUACUGUCCCUUAGACCUCUUCUCAGGAAAUAAACAGAGAAUGCACUUUGCCUUGAAAAGUUUGUUACAGGAAGCACAGAACAACCUAAAGAUAUUUAAGAACGGCGAGCUCAUAUACGGCUGCAGGGACCAGCGGGAUGCAGCCGCGGAUUGGAACGAGCUGGCCUGCCACCUGAAGCCCUUCUUUUACCCCUCCAACGGGCUGGUGAGCGGGCCGCACUGCACCAGGACGAUCAUCAAGGAGCUCAUCCACGUCAUCACGCUGACCUUGCUCAGCAGCACCGACAAGUGCCGGGCCUGGGACAUGAAGCUGGUCCCCUCCUCGCAGGGGAGGAGCUGCUGUGAAGCCAGUCCUUUCAGUAAAGAGCUGCUGAGGAACGGGAAAAGUCACGCAGAGGGCUCGGGGCUGCCCAGGGGCUGCCUUCUCUACAAGACUCUGCAGGCCCAGAUGCUGGACCUCCUGGACAUCGAGGGCCUUUACCCGCUGUACUGCCGUGUGGAGCGCCACCUGCAGGAGUUUCCUGAGGAGAGGGACCUGCUCCAGAUAGACGGGCCUUACAACGAGGCCUUUUACCAGAAACUCCGAGACCUCUCCACGGAAGAUGAUGGGACCCUGGCCUACGCCCUGACGAAGGUCCAGCAGUACCGAGUGGCCAUGACUGCCAAGGACUGCUCCAUCAUGAUCGCGCUGUCACCCUGUCUGCAGGAUGAAUGCUCCGACCGGCGCCCCGUCAUCCCCGCGUCGAGGGCCCGAUUCGCCUUCUCUGUCUCCGUCCUGGAUCUGGACCUCAAGCCCUACGAAAGCAUCCCCCAUCAGCACAAGCUGGACGGCAAGAUUGUCAGUUACUACCUGAAGAACGUGCCCCCCAAGAAGGAGCCCGGCAAGGCGGGCCUGCUCGCGGAACCCGACGACUGCACCCUGGUGCUACACAAGGUGUAGCGGCCGGCCCGGCGGGGGACAGCAGGCCGGGCGCCCCUCUGCUGCGUGGCCGGGGAGUUUUGGGCUGUGGACAUUUUUGCUCUGACCAUAUUGGAAGUGGGGUUGCCUUUCAGAGAGGAAGAAUGGGAGCACUUGAAGGAAUGAGUGGCCUGUAGGCGCCAGGGGAGGGUGAGGCUGCCUGGCUCCCCCCGGUCACCUGUGGGGCUGUGGUGGGGAAUCCGGCUGGGCCUUGUCCCUGAUAAAAGAGGGCACGGACUUCCCACAGAGCCUGCUCCCCGAGAAGCGCCCUCAUCUCCACCCCCGUCCCCAAGACCCCUGGAGCAGCCUGGGCCUGGCCGCUGCCGGGGGCCUCGCAUUUCCUGUUGGUCAUUGGGCUGGGGCAGGGGAGGUGGUGGGUGAUUCCCCAUGUGCUGCUAUUAAAGAUGACGGCCAAGAGAGUGAGGCCAGGAUGAGUGGAAGCCCAAGAAUGUGCUGAUUUUCUCGAGGGUUUUGUUUUCAGACUGAGCUCCUUUUGUCGUUAGACCCUGUGUUGAGGCGCCGGCGCCGGCACGAGGAGGUGGCCAGCGGGCGUGCUAGGUGACAGGCAGUCGGCUGCUCCCUAUCGCGAGCCCCUGGCCUCUCGGGCCCUGACACUGCCCCCCUCGUGCCUGGGGUCCCUCCUCCGUGCCCGCCCCGCCUUGGGCUCCAUCCCCCGCACACCACUUGGGAUCUCUUGAACCUGUGUGUGCUGAGCUCGGGCAGACGGGGGUCUGGUCCGUCUGCCAGUUGUGUAUUGAGGUCCCUAUUGGGGAUGGCAGGAGCCGGCCCCUCCUCCUCCCUGAUGGGGGUCUGCCCGCAGCCCUGAACCCUCUUCAGGGAAGAUGUGUUCAUGGAGCCUAGAGCAUCCAGUGUGGAUACCGUGCCCUGAGUAAUGUGAAUCUGGAUCAAUCCCUGUGCUCCCUCGUGCUUCUGCCUGUGGCCCAGAUACUCCCAGGUGGGAGACCCCUCCCCUUGGGCUGGCAGCCAUCCCCUGGUUGGCCUCAGCAAGUUCCCUUGGCCUUCGCGAGGGAGACUCCGUGAUGCUCCUUCCUGGGGAAAGAUUGAGGCAAUGUUGUUGAUCUUACGGGCGGCGGCCCUUCUCCAGCUUCGGCCCUCUCUGGGCUGGCCCCUCACUCCCUCCUUCCCCAUUUCAGCUGGGUGACCAGGGCAGCAUCUGAGAGAAGUGAUGAAGCCGUGAACAGGGGCUCCUACGGUCAGGCCAAGCCCCUGCCCCAUGCUUACGGGGCGCGGGCACAGAACAGCUGAUGUAUUUUCUGAGAGCUGCUCUCUCCGGGGGGGGGGGGACAGUCAGAAUUGACAUCAGCACCAGAGGGUGGCCUUCCCUCAGACCAGGUGGUCCCUCCUGUAGCUCCUCCACACACUGACCAGUCCUCAUACUCUGGUUCCCCUUGGCGGCUGGGUUUUCCUUGGGCCCACAGUCAUCACAGCACCUUGAGACAUUGGUGAUGACAGCGUGAGGGCCCACAUGUCCGUGGAGGGGCAGGAGACUGUCUUAAGGCCAACACCCAGCCCUGCUGUGCACAUCCGCCCUCCUACUGGGCUGCGGCCUGUGGGCACUGCUACCUCUGGGCGAGGAGGAGGGAGUGGGCAAAGCGUGGGCUCUGCACCGUGGCAGCCCAGCCCUCACCGGCCUUUUCUGUGGCGAGAAGGGAGGGUCGAAGGGGAAAUCCUGCCCGCAGGGACUGGUUUGUGGUUGUGAGAGGCCCCAGUGAGCAAACCAUAGCCAAAAGAGGGAGCCCCGGAGAGGACUGGGCACCCGCUGGGCCCGGGGCGCUUUGGAAGAGGCAGCUGGAGCCUGGAAGGGAAGGCGCCCCCGCAUCCCCCACUUUGAAGGGCCCUGAUCAGUCCUGUCAGAUCCCAGGGUUUAGAAAACAUUAGGGACACACAACCACUCUGGCCGCUGCUGCCGUUCAGCUUUUUAAAGUACACUAGCGGGCCUGUCACUUUUUAUUUAAAUGGCUCUAUUUAUUUUUCCCGUCAUGACGAUUUCUAUCUCACGUGCCAUACUUGUACAGAGCAUGGAGGAAGGUUUGGUUUAUAAAUGGAAAAUUGCAGAUGUUUAUAUUCAAUGUAACUGUCAGCUGCAAAAGAGCAGGUUCCUAAUUAAAGACUCUUUGGACACA